AAAAUGCAUGCAUUAAGUGAAGCCGCUGAGACUGAACUCCGCUCAAAAAACCACCGCCAAUUUAACUCAACCACGUUCUCUACACUGAAAUGUGCUCGCAUUUCACAUUUUUACAAGCCGGAUAAAAACAUUAAUUUGUAAGAAAUAUUUAACUUUACGGAAAUAAAAAUCAAAACCUGCCAAAAUGGUUAAACAAUUUUUGAAGAAAAAAUCCAAGCGUGUCACGGCAAAGAAACGCUACAAGAUCGAGAAGAAGGUGCGUGAGCAUAACCGUAAAAUCAAGAGGGCCGAUAAACUCAAGAAAAAGGGGAAGAAAGGGAGAAAGCUAAUCAUUGUUCCUGGCGACUGUCCAUUCAAGGAACAAAUUUUGUCGGAAGCAACUUUUCUCAAGGACAGCAUCUUAAAGGAAAAGUUGUUGAAAAAGGAACAGAUUAAGGAAAUUAGAAGGACAAAGAAGGAACAAAUCGCAGCACAGAAGAAACUCAACCCACCCGGCCCUCACAACGUUCCUGUCGUGAAACAUUUAAAGGCAAAGGACGUUCCGACUUCGGAUGAGGCAGGUGCAGGAAGUGGACAACAGAAAGAUAAGCCACAGACUACUUUUCAAGAUUUGUUGAAGAAAGCGACUGAGCGAGGUUAUCAUUUUGAAGAAAUUGAGAAGCGAAAAGUUGCGGUUACCGCAGAUCCCAGUUUGAAAGCGUUUUACAGAGAGUUCCAAACGGUCGUCAAUGAAUCAGAUGUGGUCAUACAAGUCUUGGACUCGAGGGACCCGUUGGGUACGCGAAGUUCGGAUGCUGAAGAGGCUGUUCGAAGUCACACUGAUAAGAAACUCCUCCUGGUAUUGAACAAGUGUGACUUGAUCCCGCCUGAAAAUUUGCAAAAGUGGAUCGCGUAUCUUAAAGAGACGACUCACUGCGCCGUUGUUGCUUUCAAAGCAAACACGCAGAAGCAAAAGGACCGCCUUGGGGCUGUAAAUGCGGUUAAUACGUUGAAAGCAAACGAGACCAAGAAAAGUGUGGGUGUGAACGAUUUGAUGGGAAUUCUUGGAACCUGGGCGAGAGGUAGUGCUGGAGGUAUAACUGUCGGAGUUAUUGGGAUGCCUAAUGUUGGAAAGAGUUCGUUAAUCAAUUCGUUGAAAAGAUCAAAGGCAUGCAAUGUUGGGGCGAAACCUGGAAUUACCAGGACCUGUCAAGUUAUCCACUUGGAUUCAAAACUGCGACUGAUUGACUCUCCUGGAAUUUGCUUCUCAAAAGAAACAGGAAACGAAGCAAUCAGCCUGGAGAAGAUUCUGUCCAGAGUGCCAAAAUCUACACUAAUGUUGCAUUACAAGAUUCCAGACUUUCAAGAUCCAGAAGAAUUUCUGUGUAAUAUCGCCACCAAGUUCGGGCAGUUGAAGAAAGGCGGAAUUCCGAAUACUGGUGCGGCUGAGAACAAGCUUGUACAAGAUUGGCAUACGGGAGCGAUCCGAUUCUUCACUGAACCACCAGAGUUAGCGUCCUCUACCACAUCAUCCGCAAUCAUGACAGGUUUAGCUGCCCCAUUUUCACUAGAUAAUUUUAUCCCCAACUCUGGAAAUGACGAGGAAAUGAAUGAUGUCGAAGACACAAAAAUCGCUUCCAACGAAGAAAUGUCGGACAAUGAUGAUGAUGACGAGCCAGUAGCAGUAACACCAAAACCUAAUCCAAAACAACCAUCUCCAAGACUGACUCGAAGUCAGGCAAGGAAAAAGGGAGUUACAUUUGCUAUCGACACGCAAAGUACAGAUUUACUUCGCCGACGAAAAUCAGUUCGCAAACAGCAACCAGAAGAAGCAUCAAUUUCUCCCUUGGCGCAAAAGAAAUUAGGAUUAGUUGCUACUAGAACAGGUCUGAUGAAGAAAAUUAAGAAAUCCAAAAAGAAAUCCGCUAAAAAGGCUGAUGAGCUAUCAGAGGUUAUUAAGAAUAUGUCGUUUUAAUUUACUUUACUACCACCAUAUGUUUAGUUUAGCUCAACAUAAUAUAAACAUCUCGUCCAGAUUGUAGUAGUAAAAUAAUUGACAUUGAUAUAUAACUGACUUUCACACGGAUUAAAUAAAUUUCAUGUAAACAUUUA